AUGAGUCGGAAUAGGUAUCUGGAAAUUAAACGGUACCUACAUAUCAGUGGCAACUCCGAUUUAGAAAGGAUUUCACUAGGUGAACGUGAUAGCCUCUUCAAGAUUCGCCCAUUGAUUGACAAGCUGAAUGACAAAUUUCAACAAUUUGGGGUGUUUUCUGAAAGUUUGAGCAUUGACGAACAAAUGGUUCGUUACUAUGGACAUCACUACCUCAAACAAUUUAUACGUGGUAAAACAGUGCGGUUUGGGUUCAAACAAUGGGCUAUCUGUUGUUAUCAGACUCAAGUGUAUGAAGGCAAAUCUAAGAAAUUAGGAGAUGAUGAAAGCAUCAGUGGGCUUGGGACAUCUGUUGUCCUUCAGAUGGUAUAUAUUCUUCAGACACCAAAUGCUCAUAAAGUUUACUUCGACAAUUUUUUCACAGGAUUUUCUCUGAUGAAACAUUUGCAGGACAUUGAAGUUAGAGCAACAGGAACUGUUCGAUUCAACACAGAAUGA